AAAUAUUUUUUUGGGGGGAUUCCUCUUGUUUUCAACGGAUGGAUGUGGAAUUAAUCAUGACACUGAAAGAUUACUGAACUUUACUCCACAGAAGAAGAGCAAAAGGACAUGGCGGCCUGAGCGGCGUCCUGGAGGCAGACGGUCUCGUCUGGAGCAGAAACCAGAGCACCGCGGGUUCCUCCCAGCAUGGUGGAUGCCGACGCAUCUUACAGGAUGAACCCGCUAGCUGCCCUCAACAUCGACCGCAACGCUCUGGUGGGAGAAAACUACCGCCCCGUCGGAGGGAUCUUCUACCCCGGCAUCCAUCCUCUCUCUGCUGAAAAGCCCCAGGAGGCUGGCGCUUCAGUCCCGCUUGGUUACGAGCUCCUGUACAAACCAGGUGUGACCCUCUCGGACGGACAGAAAUCCGCUAACGGGUAUGUCGGACUUUAUAAGAGCCCGCAACCGGGGUUACAGAAACCCCAUGUUGUCCCUGCGGCAGGAGUUGACGGUUUAGGGAUGGACCGUCGAGUAUUACCCAACGAUAAGCAGGCAGAACUGGGCUUGAACGGCGCCGGCAGCUUCCUGAGAUUGCCGUGGAUGAGCCCUUACGCUGAUGCAACGAUGUACCCCUUCCUGGACAUGGCAUACAAGGCGUCCUUCCUGUCCCAGCCUUCACCCUUCCUCCACCAGCAGUUGGCGUAUCAAUCUUUGUGUGCGACAGGGGAAGACAGACUUUUCUACCUGCCUCAUUACGGCCAGGCGCACAUUUCCUCCCCGAUGGGCUCUUUAAUCAGGAUCCCUACGGCAACUCCAGCCCCUUCUGUCCUUUCCCCACUUCCUCACUCCCAGGAGAAGACAUUACAAGGCCUCGGUCCUCAGGUUCCUCAGGUUCAUCAGGAAAAGUCGGCCUUUAGUCCACAGAUCCACCAGGAGCCCCAGCUGCAAGCAAGCAAAGGAAGUAGUGGUGUUCCUGUUAGCAGCUCAGCUAGCACUUCUGCUUUAGAUUCACCCCCAGUUACACAUCUUCCAAGCUUAGUUUCCCCGCCGCAACCCCUCAAAAACACGACUUCAGACCUCCAGAAGGCGCUUUACAGAAGCACUUCCUCGUCCUCAACCUCAGUGUCAGCGUCGCACCCCUUUUUCACGGGCCAAACCAAAGAAAAAGCCAGCUCCGACCGCUCAAAUGCAGAGAAGUGUUUAUCACCUGCCAAGACAUCACUGGAAAGAAUUGGCACUCAAAAACUUGCCGAAAAACCCUCAGAUCUGUCUGCCAAAGAGUUGAUGGAUGGAUUCCCAUCCAAAUUAGAUUCCAUGGCCAAGUUGUCCAAGUAUUUAACACCAUCUUGUUACGGGCUGCUAACCAGCAAGGACCAAAACCUUAAGCAGGGUCUACCCCUUCCUGUUACUACAUCAGAAAAGACUCAAGAUCGUCCUGAAAUGAUCAGCAAUGUACCCUCGAAUUGGGUUGUCCCGGGUCCUUCCUCUGCCGCUGACGGCUCUGACCACAGCAGAAGCUCCCAAGUUGUAAAAAAAAACAAGAGCUUAGACAAUAUUUCUCACAAUCCACAGCCUCAAAACUCCCCUGGCUCCAAGACAGUUGAGGUAAGAAGCAUCCCUGCCUCACAGGGAAGACCCUCUGCGUCAUCUCCUUCCCCAAAGUCCAAAGUCGAAUGGCAACGAGUGCCUCCUACUGAUUUGGAGAAACCAAACCGAAAAGAAGAGACUCGUACACAUCCUGGAAAACAGAGCAUUGCUACUGCUAAACCAGAGCUUCAAGAAAGCCAACUUCAUCCACAGCAGAAACAGCAAUCUCGUGUGGGGAAUGGAAACUCCUCCAGUCAAAUUUAUGGUGACUCCUACCUCCCUCCUGGCUUAGGAUACACCAACCGCUACAUCCCGUACUCAGUUGCUGAGAAUAUGUCCUUGCAACGCAUGACGAUACCCGGCAAAGGACCUGUCUAUACGCACCCAGCCUUGCUUGGCAACAGCAGUUUUUACCCACAAAAACAUGGACUUCCAUAUAUUGGAGUACAUCCAAACCAGGGUGACUUCAUGACGUACCAGAACUCCCAAGGAAUGGCGUCUCCGUCUCUUUCCUCCCACGCUGGUCUUGAGCGAAUUGAAACCCAAGAUAAAACCUGGAAUUUAGAGCCAUACAGGAACCAGGAAAGGCUGGACGUUGACAGCUCCCAAAACAGGGACAAAGAGAGAGAAAAUUCCACGAGCAAAACUAUAAAAGCUUCAAGCAAAAGCCUGACUUGUACCAGAGAAGUUGUUGUUUGUAUUGACCUGGUGCGGGAUGAGCCAGAUGAUGAUCCGUCCAUCAACAAGCACAGCGCUACCUUCAGAGAUUCCUCCAGACUUGGCGGCAUCGGCUGUAACCAAAUCCAAGAAAGAGAUCCUCCGAAACCCCUUCCUCCCAACCAGGCUACCGAGCAGAGACGAGACUUAAAACCCAACAAGAACAGAAAUAAUUGGAGUGACGACGUCCCAGACGAGAGCCCCGAAAAGGAGGAGGCACUUAGUCCGAUCCCAGACAUCCCAGAGGAGCAGACGAUGCGCUGUGCUCGGACUUCUCCACAGCAGUUUUCAAGAAAAUAUAAAACUGGGGCCUCUGGAGUUACUGAGGGCUCGAUAACGGGUGUCCAGAGUGGUCGGAAUAGGCCUCACGUCAAUGCAUACCCCGAGCAAGACCCUUCCAGAAAUGGCAACCCAUUGGGUCCUUUUGGCAAGGACAGUCGUUCGAAUGACAACGCCAAAUCUAACAUCACCGUGGGAACUGAAGAGUUGCCGAAGAGUUCGUCCUUUGGGGACCAAUGUCUCUCAGAAAGUCCGGCUUUUAAUCCCCGGGUCUCAGCUUUAGGAGUUACGAAAACCAGAUCUCCAGUGUGCGUUAACAACAACCCAAGAAGUCCUUCGCGCAACAGCGGAGAUCCAAACUUUGUCAACAGAAAUCUUGCGGGCUCGAGUGGUCGGAGUAAUGGUGUCGAGGGUAACGAAGCGAAGUCAAAGGCCUCGGCGAAUACAAACGGUAACCCCGAGCAAAACGCGUCCAAAAACGGCGACAGAUUGGAUCCUUUUUGCAAAGAAAGUUGUUCGAAUGACAACAAAUCUAACAACUCCGUGGUAGCCGAAGAGUUCCCGAAGAGUUCGUCCUUUGGGGACAAAUGUCUCCCAGAAAGUCCGAAGUCCAAUCCCAGGGUCUCAGUUCUGAACACCAGGGCUCCAUUUUGUGUCAACCCCAACCCAAGAAGCCCUACGUGUAACAGCGGAGAUCCAAGUUCAAUCCACAGACAUUUUGUGGGUCCAUGUUGCCGAAAUCUGACGUCUGAAGCCAGGCCUUUCAGCGCAACAACCCAUGGAAGCAUCAACCCCUUGUCUCUGAACGCAAGGAGCGUCAAUGCCGGAUUUACAAAUUGUGAAAACCGCAACGCCACGCGUCCAGAUAGUGCAACCAAUCUCAGAGCUCCUGCAUGUGGAAGGAACUCUUUUAGUUGUCCAAAUUGCACAAGUACACCCUCUAAAGGCGAGUCUUUUGGAUAUAACCAGCCGUCUGUACAUAACAAUCCCAGGGCUCUUACAUUUGGAAACAGUUUUCCUCGAGGCCCAACCUGUCGGCACAUUUCACCUGGAAAUCCCACAAAUCGAGGCUUUAACUUGCCGGCAGAUCUGGCUCCAGAGGACCGCAAAUACGAAGGUCUUUCCUCCGACGAGGCGGCGAACUCCGGCUUCGGCCGCGGAGACGUGAACGAAGACGUUCAGGACAACGCGGAUCUUCUGGUGGACGACGAGGACGACGAGGGAUCUUGCUGCGGUAAAGCCCGGCGCUCCGGCCUCACCAAACGCAUCGCCAACUCAUCCGGCUUCGUGGGCGACCGCUUUAAAUGCAUGACCACAGAGCUCUACGCCGACUCCAGCAAGCUGAGCAGAGAGCAGAAAGCACUUCAGCGUGCCAUGCUGCGCUUCUCUGAGCUGGAGCUGAAGGAGAGAGGGGGAGGAGGA